AUGCGCCUAUUGAGUACGGACCGGGGAGGGUUGCGGGUGCGAGGGGCUACGACGCAGCCCGUACGGCCCCGGCUUAAGACAUUUAGGAAUGAGAGGCGUUUCGCCCGAGCAUUCCAACUAUGCACAGGCGAUAGAUUGCUGCCAGGCUACGAUUGCGCAAGGGAAGCGGGAGAGGGGGGAGGGGAGCUUCCCUCGAAGAGCCGCAUAUUUGCUUUGUCGGCGCCCGUCGCCGCCGAGGGGCGUUCGCAAUAUGGAGACAAUCGCGGCCCAUUAUUGUGCAUUAUUGCUUCGGUCUCGAAUUGGGUUGCCACCGCACCAAGGCUUGGA